AUGUCCGUGGUUGGCUCUCUUAUAUUCUGCGUGGACUGUGGAAAUUUGCUAGACUCCGUGUCAGCAGCACCUACCUUGGACUGCGGUAAGUUUGCAAACCUUAAGGUGGUGACCAAGUCGUCUGAGGAUGCUUUCCCAUCCGCACUCAGAAUGAAGAAGUCUGUGGUGAAGACGUCGUUGAACAGCGAGGAGCUCGACGAAGGUGCUACUAUCAAAGAGAAGUGUGUCAAGUGUGGCCACGAGGAGAUGCAAUACCACACGCUCCAGUUGCGUUCUGCCGAUGAGGGUGCAACUGUCUUCUACACCUGUACCAACUGUGGUUACCGUUUCAGGACCAACAACUAG